UCAAGACGGAGCCUUCCCUCCUCCUCCCUCCUCCCGUCAUGCCCUGCGGCGGCCGGAAGCGGCGGCGGGGUCAGCGCGCGGGGGCUGUACAGGAGUCCUGGGAUCUGCACCGGCCUCGGCGGCGGCGAAAGAUUUGAGCCGGGCACGGAUGGCGGAGUCCGGGCCGCAGCCACCGGGGGGCGCCCCGAGCCGGCACGAGAAGAGCCUGGGGCUGCUCACGACCAAGUUUGUGUCGCUGCUGCAGGAGGCCAAGGACGGCGUGCUUGACCUCAAGCUGGCUGCGGAUACCUUAGCAGUGCGACAGAAGCGGCGCAUUUAUGACAUCACAAAUGUCUUGGAGGGCAUUGGGCUGAUUGAGAAGAAGUCCAAGAACAGUAUACAGUGGAAAGGGGUAGGCCCUGGCUGCAACACCCGUGAAAUCGCCCACAAGCUAAUUGAGCUGAAGGCAGAGAUUGAGGACCUGGACCAGCGGGAGCGGGAGCUGGAGCAGCAGAAGAUGUGGGUGCAGCAAAGCAUCAAAAAUGUUACGGACGAUGUACAAAAUAGCCGGCUAGCUUAUGUAACUGACGAGGACCUCUGCAAGUGCUUUCCAGGUGACACGCUGUUAGCCAUCCGAGCCCCAUCCGGCACUCAGUUAGAGGUUCCUGUCCCCGAGGGCUUAAAUGGUCAGAAGAAGUACCAGAUCCAUCUGAAAAGUACAAGCGGCCCAAUUGACGUCCUGCUAGUAAAUAAAGAUGCCUGGAGCUCUCCUCCGGUGGUCCUGCCUGUCCCUCCCCCUGAAGACCUCAUUCAGUGUCAACCAGUCACGCCCUCUAAGCCACAGAGGCCACCAGUUGCCCAUUUCCAAGAAGCAUCUCUUCCCAGCAGUACCCAACCUUCUGCACCCAUCCCCAACAGCACACAGGACCAGAUCUCUGCUGCCCAGAAAACAGCUAACUCCACAGAAUGUGGCAUCUCAACAGCAGGUUCAAAAAGCAGUGGAGAGCUAGAUCCGCUUGCCCCCUUGAGCGUGCCGGCCAGCCCACCUGCUGGGCUCGACACACAGCCCCUCCAGUCCUCCGCCUUGCUGGACAGCAGCUCCGUCUUGUCCAGUCCCUCUACCUCCUUUGAGCCAAUCAAACCAGACCACACAGAAGUACUGGAAUUUCCCAAAGAGCUUUCGGAGAUGUUUGAUCCAACCAGAGAAUGCAUGAAUUCUGAGCUGCUGGAGGAACUCAUGUCAUCGGACGUGUUUGCUCCCUUGCUCCGUCUCUCUCCGCCUCCCGGAGACCACGACUACAUUUACAACCUGGAUGAGAGCGAAGGAGUGUGCGACCUUUUUGAUGUGCCUAUCCUCAACCUCUGACUCCUGGCAUCUGGGUGGACUUUGGGAUUUUUUUUUUAAAAAACAAACCAGUCUGUGGAAAAAACUUUUUUUUUUAAUCCUUUUUCUGCGAGUGCUUGAGUGACACACUUAGCUGCUGUGGUUUCAACUGAAGAGCAAUGGGAAUGGACUUCCAGACGAAGCAGCAGCAGCCUCUUCUGGAUUUUCUUUCUUUCUCCAUGUUGCACAAGGCAGAACCUCCUAGUUUCCUUUUGCUCUGUUUUUCGCUGUUCUUUCACUGGAUCCGGAGCCUCCUUCCCAGCGGCCUGCUAUCAAAUCUUCCUGAACAGCAGAAAGAGCUUCCUCAGGUUCGCAAACCGACUUGGCUCCCCUGCACUCCUGGUGGCACUUUGCAUUUUUUGGAAGGAAUAGGAGGGCUAAACAACAGCCAGGCAUUUUGGGUGGGGUGGGGGGAAUGCAAUUGCCAUCCCAUCUUUUAGCUUGUCUGUAUAAUUCAGAUGUCUGUGCACGCGUUCUCUGUCUCUCUUUUCCUCUGUCUGCUAACUAUAAGGUUCGACACAAAUGAGGGUGCAGUUGAAGCGAUGGGGUGGCGCCUUGUCAACUCUGCCUCAGAUCAGUUUUAUGUACAAAAAGUGCUCAGAAGCUGCUUUCCGAGUGUCGGCCCUUUCUGUUUUAUGUAGAGGCGACAGUGAUCACGCAGGCGUCUUGUGAGCCGAAAAAUGUCCAAUUCCUCUCCUUUAGCCACAUAGAGGUGCCAGUUUUGCACAGUCACUUUUCCUCCAAAGAGUCAGAAUUGAGAAACUGCUUACCCUUCCCCUCGCCCACAAAAGUCCGCAGUUGAAUUGUAUCUGCACAGGAAGGCUUGGCUGGGAUUGCCUGCAAUGUACUUCGAAGGCACCAAGCCAUACAGCAGGAGCCCAGGAUGGAGGGGCUUUAAUUGACCUGGUGAGCCAAGUCUGGGUGAUGUAUUUUACUACCUAAGGUAGAUGCUACCUAAGGUAGGGCCUUUUUUUUUUAGUGCAUUGGAGCUGCUAUGUCUUUCCCUUGCCAAAUUGCCAGCUGCUUUGGGGGUGUCACUCCUAUCCAUGCAGCUUAUCUUCUGUCCCAGAGUCUAUACCCAACAUAUCCUUUCCACUUUCUAACAGCAAGUAUUGUUUGCCUGCUCACCCACUCAUGUCCUUGAUGAUCUGUGAUGAGGGUGGGUGGGGGGCAGAACCUCUUUAGUAUGCCUCCUUUGCACUUGUUGAAGUCUUUCCUGUGGCAGGAAUGCUGUUUUGCCCACCAGUCUGCAUUUGUGCUUUUACCAGAUGCCAGCCCCUAACUCGUGCUCUCUGGCCCUUAACCUUUACACAGUUCUUGGCCGCAGGCGACUCUGCCGGCCUCCAAAGUGAGCUAUAGGAGCUAAAUCUGAAGGUGGCCUUGCACCCUAAUUGUACAAAUGGCUGCUUGGGCAAAAGGUUUGAUUUCAGUGGGAUUUUAGACCGGCAGUCCUGAGCACACCCCUCACUAAGCAUCCCACGUUAAGCCAGGGAAUGUCUGUCUUGUCACGUGGUAACUUCUGGCUGAUAUGAGCUAGUUUAAGCUGGCUGCUUCCUAAGAGAGGCCCUGAGGCAGCCUUUCCCAACCAUUGUGCCUCCAGAUGUUGUUGGACCACAGCUCCCAUCUUUCCUGACCAUUGGCAAUGCUGGCACAAUGGAUGCACACUGGUUGGGAAAGGCUGCCCUAAGGGUAUGUGAUGCAGCCUGUAUUUCCCUCUGGAUGGAACAUACAUGUGUGUAAUUCCUUGAUGCUCUCUUCAGAAUGGGAGCUUGUUAUUCUCUGCCCCCUGAUGCUUACUGUUUUAGGGAAACCUCUGGUAUCCUUCUUAACAGGGAUAAUGUGGCGCCCAUCUGAUGUUGGACUACAACUCCCAUCAGCCCCAGCCAGCAUGGUCAAUAGUGAGGGAUGAUGGGAGUUGUGGUCUAACGAGCUGGAAGGCACUACAUUGGGUAUCCCUGCGCAUAGGCACCGGUAAGGACGCCUUCCUGUCCACAAGUCCUAGAUUGCUGAACUUCUCCAGGUCUGCACGGAUGCUCUAGGAUGCCAGAGGGCUUUUGCGUUUCUUCCCCAAUAGGUUCUCUGGUGCCUCUUUGUGUUGUUGGGAGGGCUCUGUUCAGCAGCUGACCCUUCCCCUUGCUGUCAAUCUCUCUUGCCUUCUGUUUAGAAUUGAUGUCCUGAGAAAGAUAAGAGGAAUUGUACAACGGAAGGGUGGGGUGGGGGUAAUGAAUUUUGAUUCCUAUAUAAAGAUUAUUUUUAUACUUUUUUGCAGAAAGAGACUUGCCUGUAAUAUUUGUACAGUUUUUUUUUUGAGUGAAUAAACAGAACCUUUCCAAA